AUGAAGGGUCUUUUGGUGUCUUCUGUAUUCAUCUUCAUAUUGAUUUUGACCAUUGUUGUUGUAUUCGGAGCUCCGUCAAACUCAGAGAUUUCCAAUCCCGAUGGUGAUGGUGCUGCUGCUGCAGCUGAAUUCUCAGCCAGUCCAUCCGAUGAAUCUUAUCGUUCUCCUUCUUCCCCGUUGACAUCUAAACGUGAUACAGCAGUUGUGGCAGCCCCAGAUGGCACAAUUUAUCUGGUGGAGGUUAGCUCCGGAAAAAUUCUCUGGUCUUUUUCAUCAGGCCCCUCAAUUUACUCAACGUAUAAGUCCCUUCCAGAUGAUGGUGGUGAGAGGGAAAAAUCCGAUGUUGCUGGUGAUUUCUACAUCGACAUUGGAGAUGAUUGGCAGCUGUAUGUCCAUGGAAAUGGCAUCCCAAAAGUGAAGCUCCCAGUGAGUGUGGAAGAAUUCUUAAAAAGUACUCCGUUUGUAUCAUCCAACGGUGGAAUCAUGUUAGGAUCCAAAAAGUCUACUGUCUUCAUUGUCGAUGCUAGAACCGGCAAAAUUGUUCAUAGUUUUUGUUCGGACAACCUCACAGCAGUAGAUGACCACCAUCAUGGUCACGAUAAUCCAAUUUUAGUGAGGGAUGAUACUGAAUCUCCUAAUGCUAUGAACCUUGAUAAGAUUUCCGAGCCACUUUACGUUACUAGAAAAGACUAUGCUCUUAAAUUUAGUUCAGUGAAGACAGGAAAAGUCUUAUGGUAUCUAACAUUUGCUGAGUUUGAAGCUUCCUUCCAAUGCAAGGGAAUCGAGAGUAUUUUGGGUGGAGUUUUCAGUCAUCCCACACAGAACCUCAAUAAUGAAUUGCAGCUCCAUUGUCCUGCACAGCCUCCUGUGUUUCGCAUUCGUGACAUUGGGUCCCUCAAGUCUCUGUUUGUGCCGAAUGGUCCUCCAAAUGCCCUUCCCGGAGACAAGGUGUUAUCUUUGCCAGCACCAGAGUCUGAUCCUAUUUGGAUAACUACAGAAAAUAUUGUAGCGUUCCAUCAACGCAAUGAAGGCGAGAGAUUCCUAGCUCUACCGAGUCCAGAGUCUCAAGAUCUUGGAAUCAUGGCUUUGCCUGGAACAAAUAAUGGUCAAAUAACCGGUUCAGAAAGUCUUAUUGCAUCCCAUUUCAGGGUGUUUACUGUUUGUGUUGCUUUUCUGCUACUAAUUGCUUCGUUCAUAAGACGUAUAUGGGGUAUAAGACUAGGUAAGUUGAGCAAGCAAGCUGAGAGGGCUAAUAAUACCCCAGCUGUAACAGUUAAAAAGAAGAAACCUCGAAAGUCAGGAUCGAGCAGCAAUUCCGAGAAAAGGAAGAAGUUCUCAAUGAAUGAAAAAACCAAUGACAUCAAUCUGAAUCUUGAAGCAUCGGAAAUAUCUUUGUUGCCUGACUUAUCCAAUAUUGCUGAAGGUUUUACAGAUGGGCGGAAAAUUGGUAGACUGUUUGUCUCAUCAAGAGAAAUAGCAAAAGGCAGCAAUGGUACUGUAGUACUUGAAGGAAUUUACGAUGGCCGUCCAGUUGCGGUUAAGCGCCUUGUAAAGACUCAUCAUGAUGUUGCAUCAAAGGAGAUUCAGAAUCUUAUUGCCUCUGAUCAACAUCCAAAUAUCGUGAGAUGGUUUGGCGUGGAGUAUGAUCAAGAUUUUGUUUAUCUGGCAUUGGAAAAGUGUACUUGUAGCUUACAUGAAAUGAUACUAGCCUACUCUUCACUAGAUCAAACAAUUUACCCAGAUAGAGAUUCAAACUCUGAUUGUGAUCAAUCUAUCCAAUGGCGAUUGCUCCUUGGAGAUAGCAGUGAAUUCGAAAUAUUGAAGGCUGAUGGUUAUCCUUCGCCUCACAUGUUAAAAUUGAUGAGGGAUGUUGUUCGUGGACUUGCUCAUCUACAUGAACUAGGGAUCAUACAUAGGGAUAUAAAGCCUCAAAAUGUCCUUAUUAAUAAGGAAAGGGUUUUGUGUGCCAAACUAUCAGAUAUGGGAAUCAGCAAGCGCCUUUCUGGGAAUAUGUCUUCUUUGACGAGGCAUGCCACUGGUUCUGGAAGUUCAGGGUGGCAAGCUCCCGAGCAACUUCUUCAAGAACGACAAACGCGUGCUGUGGAUUUGUUCAGCUUAGGCUGUCUUCUUUUCUUUUGUAUCACCGGGGGCAAACAUCCAUUCGGUGACAAUCUUGAACGGGAUAUGAAUAUUGUCAAUAAUCGAAGAGAUCUAUUCUUGAUUGAGAGUUUCCCGGAGGCCACAGAUCUGAUCUCAUCUCUGUUGCAUCCGAAACCUGAGUUGAGGCCAAAAGCUUCAGAUGUUAUUUGUCAUCCAUUUUUCUGGGAUGCAGAUAGGCGACUUUCAUUUCUUCGAGAUGCCAGUGAUAGGGUAGAAUUAGAGGAUAGGGAAAAAGAAUCCGUACUCUUGUCUGCACUGGAAAGUACUGGAAGUGUAGCUUUCGGCGGUAAAUGGGACGACAAAAUUGACACUGCAUUUAUCAAUGACAUUGGACGUUAUAGGCGAUACAAAUAUGAUAGUGUUCGUGAUUUGCUGCGUGUUAUUCGAAACAAGUUAAACCACUAUAGAGAACUUCCUAAAGAAAUCCAGGGGAUUUUAGGUCAAGUACCUGAAGGAUAUGACAGCUAUUUCUCUCGACGAUUUCCUAAACUUCUCAUUGAGGUGCAUAAGGUGUUUCGCCUCCAUUGUGCAGAGGAAGAAACCUUCAGAAAAUAUUUUAGAUAUAGUGAGAUUUAA